AAAUAACAACAAAGGUGGCUAUGUAGAUAUUUAAGACAAUCUUCAUUAUGCUAUACUGCACUAGCUUGAACUUUCGAUAGUGUUUUCAUUUUCUUUAAGAUUUUCAGACAUGCUUGGUGAACCAUGCAGCCAUGAUAUGGUGUGCGGAAAUCUUUUUAUUCGCAAUAUUUUUCUUUUACCAGCAUUCAAUGCAGCAGGGGAUGCUAAAAAAGAAUCUUUUGGAAACAACAAAAGGCUAUUGUUAAACAAAUAUAAAUGAACAAAAAAACUCUGCACACCCUUUCAAUAGGGUUACCAAAGUUUCAUUUGAAGCUGAUGAAAAAUAACCAGAUUGUAAAAAGUUGGAGCUCGUAGAAGCCGAUUUUUUCUUGUUUAUGAUACAUUUUAAAUAGAAAUUUCUGCUGACUCAGCAAUUUUGUUGUUAGUUAAAAUCAUUUUAUUAUGAUAUAUAUUAAAGACCUAUAUUUUUAGGAAAUAGUAAAAAAAUCGUAUGUUUUAUACACUGAGUAAAUAAUUCAGCUAUAUAUUUGGAAAGCUAAAAAAGGGUUACUACCCCCUUACUCAGUUUGGGUUAAGUUUCAGUGCUUUUGCAGCGCUUGUGUGGUUUCUGCAAAUUCUAACCUUAACGAUUAAAAUCAGUGAAAAGUUUAGAUGAAAAAUUACAGAGACUUCUUAACUUCUAAUGAGCGGUUCGUCAAAACAAGACUUUCCAUAGGUUCUGCUCUAAGUUUUCUGAUAGUAAACAGGAAAGAGCUGCUUUGUUAUGACAAAUAACAGGAAAACCUGUUGAUUUUAAACACUCGCCCUUGCUAUGAGAAAUUUGUUGUUGGUGCUCUUAAAAGACGCAUUAUUCAGGCCUAUCAAUAAGGGGAGAGCAAUUGCUCUUGCUCACGCAAAGACUCUCUUCGACAAAUGAGAAACUAGCUGAACCAUUAAUUCCUCCCCCAAAUAUGCGUUUAUAAACUUAUUGUAUUUAUUCAGAUUGCUCGCCCAGUUUAAAUUAUUGCUUGGGUGUGAUUUUCUUAUUGAUGGGCAAUUUUUUUUGAGGUACCUAUUUUAUUGUUAAAACUGGAAGAUAUAGAAAACAUUAUCCUGAACGUUCUAUUGAAAACUAAAGAUCAGAACAUGUUCAAAUAUUCAUGCAACUUAUUCUAUUUCCUUUAAUGACAGUUUAUAGAAAUCAUUAAAAUUUGUCAAUAUUGCACAAUCAAUUUCAUCCUUACAUCACAAUACAAGCAUCUCAAAGGAAUUUCAAAAUAAUCAAAAAUGUCUGUUAAAGUGAAGAAAGAACUUCCAUCAUGCAAGGUUGCCAUCGAACCACUUCCAAAUUUAGAUCUACGAUGUUUCUUAAAUAAACGAAAAAACACUACACUUGAAAACAAUAAUGUUUUUGGAAAUACUACUCCAACGGCUGAGAUUGAAAGCUCUUUUGUCCCAGACAUUGUCAGUGAUAUCAAAGAAACUGAUACUCCAAACGCACCAAAUGAAAUUGCUACAAAUGAAUUUGAUACUUUUUCUUGUGACCUUUCCACAGAAGCGCAACUACUUGGUGAGACAGAUGACAUUUCUGUAACCAGCCAUAACAUCAAUGAAGAUGCAUUACUAUAUGGUGAUGAGAGCAACCAGGGAGUGACUGAUGAUUUUAAACAAACAAGUGAUUUUCACCCAAUAAAUACAAAUAAUGAUUUUGAGCCAAUAAAUUCAAACAAUAGUUACGAUCCAAUAGAAAGGAACGAUAGUUUUCAACCAAUAAAUAUAAACAACACUUUUGAACCUAUAACUACAAGCAAUGAUUUUGAACCAAUUGAUAAAAACGACCAAAAUAAUAACAGCAUGUUUAAUGGGGAUAUAGAUACUAGUUGUAACUUUGAUUUGGUGUCACUUGCAGCAUUUGAUGACGAGUUUAAUGAAGACGAUAUUCAGUCUACUGAUGCUAAAACUACAAACACCCAAGUCAAUACUAGUUCCACAAAACCUCCAGAAAAUCUGUCAACUGGCUUAAAAAGAAAAAAUGAAGAUCUUACCGAGCCAUACAGUAAAGUUAAUAACUGGAAGGAUAGAUAUUCUGAUCAAUUUAAAGCACCUCUUCCCAGAGAUAAAAUACCAAGUCUGUUAACCCAACCCAUCGCUAAUUUAGAGUUGCUUAAAAUAAUAAAUCAAUCUUUUAUAUUGCCAACCCCUCCAGUGAAUCCCAUUAUCGCAUCAAUCCCCUUGCUUAAUCAAACGAGACAAAGAAAUUAUAAAAAUAACACACAUAUUGGGCAGCGACAAGCUUUUGUUAAACCAAUGUGCAUAGAUAAAAUUCCUAAGUUAAAUGUUAGAAAUGAUUAUAAUCGGAAGCGUGAUAAUACCGUCCCUGCUGGAAUUUGUCAAUCGUUUUGGUAUUUGGGAGUUUGCAAUAAUCCUAAGCCAUGUCAGAUGAAACACGAACGCAAAAACUCAAAUGCUAAUAAGCUUGCGUAUAAGCAAAAUGACCAAUACAGACAUAGUGAACAUGAAGCCAAAAAUAAGGUAGCAGGAAGUCCAACUAAACACAUCUCUGCACCAUUUGAUUGUCCUAAAGGUUAUUGCUUUGAGUAUUGGCAGCUUGGUCGUUGUAGUAAAAAGAAGUGCAGUUAUAAUCACAUGAAACGAGGUGUUAAUGCUGGAGUCAAACCUUUCUCAGUAGUGAACAAUUCACAUCAGACUCAUGCAGCAGAACAGAAUAAAGGAAGAAAGGUGUCGGAAAGCAAUGGUGGAUUGAGGCCUUCAGUUACACCUCUUCACCAGUUUAUUAACAGAAAUGCAAAUGGUAUAAAUCAGCUUAGUUUAGUCUUUAAAAUUUCCAGUUCAUUAAAUCUUCUUUGA